CUCGACAAAAUUCACAUAAGUAUCGGACGCGCGCUAGUUUCUAACGCGGCGGCAGCGGCAAUACAAGAAAAAAAAUAUUUUUAAAUAGAAAGAAACUUUUUUAAGCUUUUUCCCUAAGUUAAUACAGUAGAACUUGAGCGAACAAAACGUUUUAUGUUAAAUUUUGAAAAUGUUUUGAAAAACGUAUAUUUUUUAAGUUGUUUGAUAAACGUUUGAGCAGAUUUAAGAAUUAUUUGUUAAAAAAAAAAAGGUGGCAGUGUAAAGAAAAAUAAUGAAAAUUGUAAAAUAAAUUAUUGAACUUGCAAACAAAAUUUUAUUGGAAUGAUAAAACAGUUAAUUACGCUCCAGAAACUCAGGACAUAGAUAAUGUCGACUCGAACCAUGACGACACGCACCUUUCCAAUAACGACCACGCCCACUACUCCUACACCUGCACCUACCACGUUACACACACACUUAGCAACAACAACAACUACAACAAGCCCACUGUCUAAUGCGAGCGCAAGUGACAAUGCUAAUGAUAGCCGCCCAACACCCGUCGCACACACCCUCCUCAACACAAUGCACACACAGGCGCAAAGUAUCAGUUGGCGACUGCGCCAGUAUUGCACACAAGCCAUAGUAGCGAGCAGCAGACGGAGAAGAAGAAGGCGUGAUGAUAUUAAUGAUAAUAACAACAACAACAAUAUAACGAACUGCAAUAGCAGUAACUGCAACCAGAGCAAUAGCAACAAUAACAACAGCUUUGCGUGUAGCACGCCUUCGUAUGCGGCGUUGCCUGAAGCUGAGCACUACUAUGACCACAACAACAACAGCAACAGCUAUACGAGUAACAAUAACAAUAAUAAUAGCAUAUUCAGCAGGGGCAGCAAUAGUAACUUAAGUAAAACUACAACAGCAACAAGUUCACCUGCAAUACAACUUUUGAACACCGCAGUCCGUGCCUUGAGUAGCUCGUCGAAAGCGGCUAGCUACAUUGCAGCCCUACUCGUUCUCACCACGCUUUGUUCCUUCUGUGCUGCCUCGCCCUGCGACUUGCAUAGCUGGUGGGAUCCGCUCAAGGACAAAUGUAUUACUUGUACUGUGUGCGAGGGUGAUUUAAUACCAUUGCGCACAUGCCAGUCGCAUCGUGACACGAUAUGUGGCUCCAUCUAUGAUUUGAAUAUCGAUUGGGUUGUGCUGGCGAAAACAGAGCCCAACUGGAAGGAGCGCCGAAAGGAUGACGCUAACAUAGAAUUCGAGCAACAGCUGUCACAUGAGGAGUUGCAGCAAUUGCAAGAGGAAUCGCUGGCGAUGGAUUGGCAAACAACAGCGCUCUUCUUGGCCGUGCUAGCCUGCUUGUUCUUCUUCAUUGUAGCCGCGGGCAUUUUGGUGCAUCACAUGCGGCAAUGGCGGCGUAUGGAGCGUCGACUUGAUCAAGAUGUUGAAGAAUUGUCAACGAAAUUGAUGGCAAAAUUAGCCGAAGUACAGAGUAUGGAAGGUGGAACAUUCUUCAUUGGCAAUGCCGAUGCAUUAGGAGUGCCAACGACUUUCCAGCCGCAGCAUGUGCUAUUACCGGAAAAACCGGCAAAACAUCAUGAACGGCGUAUUUUAAAAACAUUACAACCCGGUAAUGUUUACAUUGAGGAAAAUGGUUCAAAGGGCUGAGAAACAAACUAAACUUGAAAACACUUAUAUUUGGAAUUAUGAAGUCAAAGCAACGAUUUCUAUAAAAAAAUUAUCGACGAAAUUAAUUCCGAAAUAAAUUUGAUGUUGAGUGAAAGUAACUACUAUUUAAAUAAGAAGUAAUAUAAUACAAAACGAUGUUUGACAAGUUAUUAAGGCAACAAGCAAACCAUAAAAUUAUGUAUUUAGCUGCUAUAAAUGGAAGUCAUGUAUCAUCGCAUGCGUUGAAAAUAGUAAAAGAAACUUAGUAGGAAAAAAAUGAA